AUGUUCAAGGAGGCGUUGCUGGAGACAAUUGACGCCGAGCGACAUGACCUCAUCAGCUUUUUGCAAUCCCUCACACGCGCCGACUCUUCGAAUCCUCCUGGCGAUACAAUAGCAGCGGCUUGUGUUGUUACUACGUUUCUGGCUUGUCGCGAUGUUCCUUCCACGAUUAUCGCACCAAAAAGCCAUGCGCCGAAUGUCACAAGCACUUUCCCAGCAAGGAGUGGAAUCUCAACACCGAAGCCUGGUCCACGUUUGGUUCUGAAUGGGCACCUUGACGUUUUCCCGAUCUCUGAGUCCGACAAGUCACAAUGGACGCACGAUCCUUGGUCCGGAGAUAUUGAAAACAACAGACUCUAUGGACGUGGAGUUGUAGACAUGAAGGCUGGGACUGCGGCGACUGUUGCUGCCUACACAUAUAUCUUCGCACAUCGACAUCUUUUGCACGGCACUGCUGUUCUCGAAGCGGUAUCAGACGAAGAGAACGGUGGAAAGUGGGGAAGCAAAUAUCUUUUGAAUGAUGAUGAUAGAAGAGAGACCUGGACGGGCGACGUAAAUCUCAAUGCCGAACCCACAGGUCUGCAAAGCAUACGCUUUGCUGAGAAGGGCACUCUGCGAAUGACCUUCUCAGUCAGGGCGAGGAGCGCACAUGGAGCCUAUACACAUCUGUCUGAAGGUGCAAUUCGGAUUGCAACCAGGUUAAUCACGGAGUUGGUCAAACUCGAAGACUUCUCAGGUUUCAAACUCGAUCCUGAAGUGAGGAAAUACCUUGAUCGACAAGAAGUGCGGGACACCGUCGACGAGAUUAUGGGUACUGGUGCCUCGGAUCUAAUCCUCAAACCAAAAGUAAACAUUGGAACCAUCAGUGGUGGGGCCAAAGUCAACACAAUCCCAGGGGACUGCAGAUUCGAAGCCGACAUCCGCCUACCAAUCGGUUUGGUCGCAGAAACCAUCCUCCAAGAGAUCGACACUAUUCUCGAACACUUCCCUGGAGCCAGCUAUCAAGUCCAAGAAGCAGCUUCCAAUCCACCCAACUCUUGUCCUUUCGAUCACGCUCUUACACGGGCGAUAGCCGACAAUGCCGAACAUAUCCUAGGACGAAAGCCAGUCGCUAUACCAUCACUUGGCGCUACAGACGCUAAACACUGGAGAUAUAAAGGCGUACCUGCAUACAGCUAUGGCCUUUCUCCAGAAGGCAUGGCUGGUAUUGACGAGAGUGUCGACCUCGAUGAUUACAUCAACCUUGUCAAGAUACUUACAUUGACCGCAUGGGACUUCUUGACUGGUCCUGAGUAG